GCCGCACCCAAGCUAAAAACGCGCUCAAACGAGCUCAAUCCUGCACGCUGGUGCAAGACAGCGCCUGCGAGGCACCCCAGAGAGCCGGCGCAGCGCUCCGUUGCAUCACUGAGCCGCAAUAUGGCGAGAUCACUGCUGCUUGUGGCAUUGCCACUCAGCCAUGCGCUGCUCGCGCCGCCGACGAGCUACGCCAGGAUACCCGCCCUCCGAGCAAUAGUAAACUACCAAGUAGAAGAAGGCGGCGAAGCUAGAGCGACGCCGCUCUCCGACGACUUCGACGGCGCGGUCCAGGACGCGGCUAAUGGCUUAUUAGGUGCGAUACAAGACGGCUCCCUCAAACUACGAUUAGACUUCGACACGAGCAUGGGCGACGAGACCUACACGAAGCUCAAACUCUCGACGGAGUUCGCGCGAGACGUCGCCAUCGAGUGGGCUCUCAGUAUGGAAGAGGACGAGAACUUGGUGCUCUUCUUCCCCGACGCGGGGGCCGCCGCUCUGGCGAGGCAGGAGUGGAAGAUGGAUGAUUUGGACGAGGCCGAGGUGCCUCCCAACGUGCGCGUCAAGGCUUUUCCGCGCGACCGGCUGGACGCGGACGAUAGGGCGGUCUUCGCGUUAUGUCCGCGGGCGCCGGAGCGGGACGCUUGUGAAGAAUUAGUGAAUACGUGUGAGGAAACUUUGCGGCCCGUCGCUUUCUGUGUGGAAGAAUUUUACGCGAGAGACCUUCACGCCAUCGAGCAGACGCGGUUACGUGGAAAUCAACCAGUGAGUUAGGGUAUGACGCCAUCGAGCAUACGCAGUAAUGGGAAUAUCGUCGCGUCGAUGGCGUGGAGUCUCCACGCCAUCGCGCAGAGCCACCUGAAAUUUGAUCUCCACACAGGUCGCGUUACUGAACCCGUACUUAGUUGAUAUGGGUACGACGGGCUACGGCAUGGCCGGCCGCCUGUUCAAGGAGCGCUUCGUCGACGCCCUCGAGCCGUGCUAUUAUCUGAGGACGCUCGAGUGGGGCGCGCUGGCCCGGACCUACCCGCGGCCCUACAGCGUCUGGCGCCAGUGCGGCCUUGACGAGGAUGUGGAGGGCGGCUACGCGUUCGUGAAGAACUAUUUUUCGCAGCCGAACGACGAAAUGCUGGAGGAGCUCUUCGACGAGGUCUACGGCACGAACACGGGCGGCCCGAUGGACGAAGCCGACGGCGGCGGGGGGAACCUCUUCGACGGCAUCGGCAAGUUCAUCGACGCGUUCCAGAAGUUGUAAUUCGAUCGUUUUGUAAUUUGCUAGGGCUAUA